AUGGCCAAGUGGCUCCGGGAGUACCUGGGCCGGGGGGGGACCCGGCGUUCCCCCCCCCGCCCGCCCCAGCCCGACUACAGCGGCGGCGAGCGCCGCCCCCCCGGUACCGGCACCGGCAGCGGGGGUCCGCCCCCCCCCGCAGCUCCCCCCGGUGCUGCCCUUCGCGGCCCCUCUGCCUCCCCCCGGCACCGGCUGGUGAGGGUCGGGGGAGCGGGGCCUGGGGGGGGCCCUCGCCGGCUGGAGCAGGGCCCUGGCGAGAGUGAGUACUCAGAGCCCUUCGAGGGGGAGCAGGAGCCAGCCCCCGAGGGGGGCUGCGAAGAGCCCGGAGAGGCCACAGGGUGCCCUCGGCAGGGCGAGGGCUGGCGAGUGAGGCCGCGGAGGGGACCCCAACUCUACGACACCCCCAGCGAGGACUGGGAGACGGCGGGGGAGGGCCCCGCGGUGCCCGCCCCCCGGGACAGCCGCCUGCCCCGCCACGACGAGCGCCCGGCCGAUGAGUACGACCAGCCCUGGGAGUGGAAGAAGGACCACAUCUCCCGAGCCUUUGCAGUGCAGUUUGAGAGCCCUGAGCGCUCCCCCAGCCUGCCCAGGCACCUGCCACGGCCCCCCCGGACCCCCACAAGCACCAGGCCGGGCUGCCCCCCCAGCCCCAGGCAUGUGGACACCUCCCUGCCCCUGGAGAAGCAGGCGUGGUACCAUGGCCCCAUCGGGCGGGCAGGGGCCGAGACGCUGCUGGCGCUGUGCCGCGAGGGCAGCUUCCUGGUGCGGGACUGCGAGACCAGCCCUGACGACUACUCCCUGUCACUCAGGAGCAGCCAUGGCUUCGUACACGUGAAGCUGACCCGCACCCGGGAGCAGCACUUCACGCUCGGCCGCGCCGGAGCCGCCUUCCCCUCGGUGCCCGAAGCCGUGCGGCACUACACGGCGCGGGCACUGCCCGUCCGCGGGGCACGGCACCUCUCCCUGCUCUACCCCGUGGCAGUGCAGCCCCUGUGA